AUGGCGGAUGACAAGGAAAUAAAAUAUAUAAUGCAUUAUAAGCGACCUAAAAAUUCUAGUACCCAAGCUAUAAGCAAGAACUAUUUUAAAAAAUCUUGCUCUUUUAAUGAGGAGCAGAAUCCAAAGAUAGUUUUAAGUAAAUCAUUUUACAACCGUCAGAAGAUUUACAGAACACUAAACGAUGUUACUGUAAUUGUGCAUAGGAAAAAAAAGCACCGAUCACCUGCGAUGAAUACCAUUCAAUUUAGUAAGCAAUACAGUACCCCGUUACUGAAUUUUACUUACAAUGAAAACCUAAUCUCUUCGAAAACAUCAAUAUCUCACCAAGACAUAUAUGGUUAUAAACACAACAGGAAACGUACUGUUUCAGCUCGAGAUAGGCCAAUUCAAUUUUCUUGUGGUAAGUGGGAUGUAUAUAGAUGUCAAUUCAGCACGCCAGAAGAGAGCUGUUGCUGCUCAUGUAAUUCCGAUGCUAUGUUUGAGGUCAUGAAAAGUCUUUACGACUGUUAUAAGAAAAAAAAUUGUGACCAUUGUAACUGCAUUCUGUGUGGACACCUACCAAGGGAAGAAAGGCGUUUGGGUGAGCAACGAAAAUCUGGAAUGUUAGCAGCAGUAAGUGUUAAAGCCAAAAGCAUAAAGAAGAAAAAAGGCAAAAGCAAAGAUCUUUUAGCAUUAAAAGAGGCUAAAACCCCAGAGGAAAAAGAAGCCGCUUUAAAAAAAAUUAUAGUAUCUGGUGGCGCCAUACCCGAAGCUAAAACACAAUCUGAAAAGGAUCUGAUUGCAAAAGUAAAAACUCAACUAGCUCUUCCACCUGAGCCUCGCACUAAAUCGGAAAAAGAAUUGUAUAAGAAAGCGGAGGCAGAAGGGCUUAUAACACCAUUAGAAGGUAAAACAAAGGCACAAAAAGCAAAAAUUCUGGAAAGACAAAGAGACAUGGGUCUACCAUUGCCUGAAGGACGUACCCCUUCAGAAAAAGCAUUAAUUGAAAAAAUAAAAUCAGCAGGCACUAAAUCGGCCUCCGUCGGUGUUCCUUCUGAAAAAAUACGUAAGGCUAAAAAAGAAGGUUUAUUGACACCUCUAGAGGGUAAGAGUCCCGAACAAAAAGAAAAAAUACUGAAAGGACUUGCAAUGAAUGGUAUACCUCUUCCGAAAGGAAAAAGUGAUUCUGAACGAAAAUUAAUUAACAAAGUCCGAGAUGAUCUUGGACUUCCUCCAGAGCCUCAAACUGCAAGUGAUAAAAAGAAUUACAAAAAAGCCCUAGCAGCUGGUUUAAUAGUUCCACUUGAGGGGAAAAGUCGACCAGAAAAAGAAGACCUAUUAAGAAAACAAGCAGCAAUGGGUUUACCGCUCCCUAAAGGACGUACUGCUUCUGAGAAAUCUCUUAUAGCCAAGAUUCAAAAGACAACGGGUGCCCGACCUUCUAUAUCAGCUGCAGUAAAAGUUCCAUCUGAAAAAAUUAAAAAAGCUAAAGCUGCAGGAUUACUUACACCAUUAGAAGGCAAGACACCAAAACAAAAAGAAGAAAUUCUUCGAGGGUUAGCCAUGCAUGGUAUUCCUCUUCCAGAAGGGAAAUCCGAUUCAGACCGAAAAUUAAUUAAUAAAAUCCGAGCCGACCUUGGCUUGCCUCCUGAGCCAAAGACUGCAGCCGAUAAAAAGAAGUAUAAUCAAGCAUUAGCUGCUGGUAUAAUUACCCCCUUAGAGGGGAAAACCCCAGCCCGAAAGGAAGAUAUACUUAGAAAACAAGCAGCAAUGGGUUUACCUUUGCCAGAAGGAAGAACAGCAUCAGAAAAAGCUAUUAUUGCCAAAAUUAAACAAGAACCCCCCCUACCAUCAGAAGUCUUAAAAGUUCCAUCAGAAAAAAUUAAAAAAGCUAAGGCUGCAGGGUUAUUGACACCACUUGAAGGAAAGCCACCUAAACGUAAAGAAGAAAUACUUAAAGGCUUAGCAAUGCAUGGUAUUCCUCUUCCGGAGGGAAAAUCCGAUUCCGAGCGAAAACUGAUUGAUAAAGUCAGAGCAGAUCUUGGUUUACCACCAGAACCAAAAACAGCAUCCGAAAAAAGUAAUUACAACAAGGCUUUAGCUGCAGGCGUAAUAACUCCAUUAGAGGGUAAAACACCGGCACAAAAAGAAGAUAUAUUAAGAAAGCAAGCAGCUAUGGGAUUACCAUUGCCACAAGGACGAACUCCUUCGGAAAAAGCUCUUAUUGCUAAAGUUCAACAGACUGCUCCUUCCCCGUUAGAAGUGGGAGUUUCACCCGAGAAAAUAAAAAAAGCCAAGGCUGCAGGAUUAUUGACACCGCUAGAAGGUAAGACACCUAAACGGAAAGAAGAAAUACUUAAGGGUUUAGCAAAACAUGGCAUUCCUCUUCCCGAAGGAAAGUCUGAUUCAGAACGAAAACUGAUUGAUAAAGUCAGAGCAGAUCUUGGUUUACCACCAGAGCCAAAAACAGCAUCAGAAAAAAGUAAUUACAACAAAGCUUUAGCUGCAGGCGUAAUAACUCCAUUAGAGGGUAAAACACCGGCACAAAAAGAAGAUAUAUUAAGAAAGCAAGCAGCUAUGGGAUUACCAUUGCCACAAGGACGAACUCCUUCGGAAAAAGCUCUUAUUGCUAAAGUUCAACAGACUGCUCCUUCCCCGUUAGAAGUGGGAGUUUCACCCGAGAAAAUAAAAAAAGCCAAGGCUGCAGGAUUAUUGACACCGCUAGAAGGUAAGACACCUAAACGGAAAGAAGAAAUACUUAAGGGUUUAGCAAAACAUGGCAUUCCUCUUCCCGAAGGAAAGUCUGAUUCAGAACGAAAACUGAUUGAUAAAGUCAGAGCAGAUCUUGGUUUACCGCCAGAGCCAAAAACAGCAUCAGAAAAGAGUAAUUACAACAAAGCCUUAGCUGCAGGCGUAAUAACUCCAUUAGAGGGUAAAACACCGACACAAAAAGAAGAUAUAUUACGAAAGCAAGCAGCGAUGGGGUUACCACUUCCACAGGGACGAACACCUUCAGAAAAAGCUCUCAUUGCAAAAGUACAGCAGACUGCUGCUGCUGCUCCUCCACCUUCAGAAAUGAGGGUGCCAUCAGCAAAACUAAGAAAAGCUAAAGCUGCAGGUUUACUUACUCCUUUAGAAGGUAAGACGCCGAAACAAAAAGAAGAUAUACUAAGAGGACUGGCAAUGAAUGGUAUACCUCUUCCACAUGGAAAAACCGAUUCGGAUCAAAAACUAAUCGAUAAAAUCAGAAACGAUCUCGGCUUACCUCCAGAACCGAAAACAUCAGCAGACAAAAAUAAGUACAAAAAAGCCUUAGCUGCAGGAGUAAUAACUCCAUUAGAGGGUAAAACACCGGCACAAAAAGAAGAUAUAUUACGAAAGCAAGCAGCGAUGGGGUUGCCAUUGCCACAAGGACGAACAGCAUCCGAGAAAGCUCUUAUAGCCAAGAUACAACAAGAACCUCGGCCUCCUUCAGGAGUUUUCAGAGUUCCGUCAGAAAAAAUGAAAAAAGCGAAAGCUGCAGGUUUACUGACCCCUUUGGAGGGUAAAUCUUCUAAACGCAAAGAAGAAAUACUUAAAGGAUUAGCUAUGCAAGGUAUUCCUCUUCCAGAAGGAAAAUCCGAUUCUGAGCGAAAACUUAUAGAUAAAGUGAGAGCAGAUCUUGGUUUACCACCAGAGCCAAAAACAGCAUCAGAAAAGAGUAAUUACAACAAAGCCUUAGCUGCAGGCGUAAUAACUCCAUUAGAGGGUAAAACACCGGCACAAAAAGAAGAUAUAUUACGAAAGCAAGCAGCGAUGGGGUUACCUCUUCCACAGGGACGAACACCUUCAGAAAAAGCUCUCAUUGCAAAAGUACAGCAGACUGCUGCUGCUGCUCCUCCACCUUCAGAAAUGAGGGUGCCAUCAGCAAAACUAAGAAAAGCUAAAGCUGCAGGUUUACUUACUCCUUUAGAAGGUAAGACGCCGAAACAAAAAGAAGAUAUACUAAGAGGACUGGCAAUGAAUGGUAUACCUCUUCCACAUGGAAAAACCGAUUCGGAUCAAAAACUAAUCGAUAAAGUCAGAAACGAUCUCGGCUUACCUCCAGAACCGAAAACAUCAGCAGACAAAAAUAAGUACAAAAAAGCCUUAGCUGCAGGAGUAAUAACUCCAUUAGAGGGUAAAACUCCGGCACAAAAAGAAGAUAUAUUAAGAAAGCAAGCAGCUAUGGGAUUACCAUUGCCACAAGGACGAACUCCUUCGGAAAAAGCUCUUAUUGCUAAAGUUCAACAGACUGCUCCUUCCCCGUUAGAAGUGGGAGUUUCACCCGAAAAAAUAAAAAAAGCCAAGGCUGCAGGAUUAUUGACACCGCUAGAAGGUAAGACACCUAAACGGAAAGAAGAAAUACUUAAGGGUUUAGCAAAACAUGGCAUUCCUCUUCCCGAAGGAAAGUCUGAUUCAGAACGAAAACUGAUUGAUAAAGUCAGAGCAGAUCUUGGUUUACCACCAGAGCCAAAAACAGCAUCAGAAAAGAGUAAUUACAACAAAGCUUUAGCUGCGGGAAUUAUAACUCCUUUAGAAGGCAAAAGCCCAGCCCAGAAAGAAGAAAUACUAAGAAAACAAGCUGCCAUGGGUUUACCUCUGCCCGAGGGACGAACAGCUUCUGAAAAAGCUCUAGUAGCUAAAGUAAAAAAAGCAACUCCACCGGCCGCUGCGCUAGAAGAAGAACCAACUGCAAGAGGGUUACCUCCAGCUGAGAAGGAAAAAACAUUCAAAAACCUAGCGAUGCAAGGAAGGCCUCUACCAGAAGCUCGUAGUCCAUCGGAAGAGAAGAUAUUAAGCAAAGUGAGACAAGAUUUAGGUUUACCUCCUGAACCGAAAACUAGCGCCGAUAAAGAAAAAUACAACCGAGCAUUAGCCGCCGGUAUCAUUGUUCCUCUGGAGGGUAAGUCCAGGCCAGAAAAGGAGAGAAUUCUACAGGCUCAAGCUGACAUGGGAAUCCCAUUGCCAGAAGGUAGAACAGGUUCAGAAAAAUCAAUAAUUAGACAAAUUAAAUCGGGUAAAAGGAAAUCCUUAGCUCCUGUAAGAGCUUUACCACCAUCGAAACCCCUACCACCAGCAGAGUUAAAAAAGCUUGAUGCAAAAACUGCAAAGAAAAUGAAAGAGGGAAAGGGGCCCAGCGAUGAAUGUAUAUGCGAUAUACUUACCCCUGAAGCAGAAAAAAUGGCUAUUAAGUCAAGAGUACCCUCAGAAAAAAUAAAAAGAGCAAAAGAAGCAGGGUUAUUAACUCCACUAGAAGGAAAAUCAGCUAAAGACAAGGAGCGGAUAUUAAAAAGUUUAGCUAAGGAAGGAUUGCCUUUGCCUGAGCCAAAGACGGCUUCGGAAAAGAAAUUAAUCGAAAAAGUAAAAACCGAAAUGGGAGUGCCCGCUGCAGCAACCCCCUCUGAAAAAUUACGUAAAGCUAAAGCCACUGGUUUAUUAACACCACUCGAAGGUAUAUCCCCAAAAGAAAAAGAGAAAAUAUUAAGAAGUUUAGCGAAAGAGGGUUUGCCUUUGCCCGAGCCAAAAACCGCCUCUGAAAAAAAGUUAAUAGAAAAAGUUAAAACAGAAUUAGGAAUGCCCCCAACAACAUCGCACUCGGAGAAAAUUCGAAAGGCAAAAGCGGCUGGCUUAUUAACACCUCUUGAAGGAAAGUCUCCUAAAGAAAAAGAAAGAAUUUUAAGGAGUUUAGCUAAAGAAGGACUACCUCUACCCGAACCCAAAACUCCAUCGGAGAAGAAAUUAAUGGAUAAAGUUAAAACUGAAUUAGGUAUUCCAGUAGAAGGAAUACCAUCAGAAAAACUACGAAAAGCUAGAGCAGCAGGAUUAAUAACACCUUUAGAAGGUAAACCUCAGGCCCAAAAAGAGAAAAUAUUAAAAGGGAGAGUUGCAGCAGGCUUGCCAUUGCCAGAAGGAGUAACACCUUCAGAUAAAGAAUUAAUAAAAAAAAUAAGGGCAGAAACAGGUUACGUUACACCAAGAGCAGUAAAGAGUAAGUCCAGAGUAACAAAAAUUCCGUCAGAAAAAUUAAAAGCUGCAAAAGCAGCUGGCCUUCUUACUCCUUUACAAGGAAAAUCCGAUGCUCAGAAAGAAAAAAUAUUAAAAGGCCUUGUCGCUAACGGAAUACCUCUACCUAAAGGGAAAACACCAUCUGAAAAAAAAAUUAUAGAUAAAGUUAGGAAAGACUUAGGACUGCCUCCAGAACCAAAAUCGCCAUCCAUACGAGAAAAAUAUCGUCAAGCACAAGAUUCAGGCUUUAUUACACCUCUUGAAGGAAAAACACCAGCUCAGAAGGAAAAGAUUCUAAGAAAACAAGCAGAAAUGGGAAUACCCUUGCCAGAAGGUCGUACACCAUCUGAAAAAGAUCUCAUAAAUAAAGUACGUGCGACUUCAGCAAAACCUGUUGCAUCGGAAAAAUUGCGGAAAGCGAAAGAAGCUGGUCUAUUAACACCUUUGCAAGGAAAAACGCCAAAAGAAAAGGAAAAAAUAUUGAAAGGCCUAGCAAAAACUGGCAUGCCAUUGCCUGAAGGUAAAACUCCUUCAGAAAAAGAACUAAUAAAAAAGGUAAAAGCAGAUAUGGGUAUACCCUUAGAAGGUAUAUCAUCAGAUAAACUUCGUAAAGCAAUGGCAGAAGGUUUAAUCACACCACUAGAGGGGAAAUCGGCAGCGCAAAAGGAGAAAUUGUUAAGAGGUAGAGCUCAAGCAGGAUUGCCUUUGCCUGAAGGUGUUACACCUUCUGAUAAGGAAUUAAUAAAAAAAGUGAAAGCUGAGACAGGUUAUGUGACACCUCGACCGGAAAAAUCCAAACGAGUGAGUGCCGCAGCAUAUCCAUCGAAAGGUCUUGCUCUAUCGCCUACACAGAAAGAAAAAGCGUUAAAAGAUUUAGUCAUGCAAGGAAAGCCAUUGCCAGAACCUAAAACUCCCUCUGAAGAAAAGAUCGUAAACAAAGUUAGACACGAUUUAGGUUUACCUCCCGAACCGAAAACUAGCGCCGAUAAAGAAAAAUACAACCGAGCAUUAGCCGCCGGUAUCAUUGUUCCUCUGGAGGGUAAAUCCAGGCCAGAAAAGGAGAGAAUUCUACAGGCUCAAGCUGACAUGGGAAUACCAUUGCCAGAAGGUAGAACAGGUUCAGAAAAAUCAAUAAUUAGACAAAUUAAAUCGGGUAAAAGGAAAUCCUUAGCUCCUGUAAGAGCUUUACCACCAUCGAAACCCCUACCACCAGCAGAGUUAAAAAAGCUUGAUGCAAAAACUGCAAAGAAAAUGAAAGAGGGAAAGGGGCCCAGCGAUGAAUGUAUAUGCGAUAUACUUACCCCUGAAGCAGAAAAAAUGGCUAUUAAGACAAGAGUACCCUCGGAAAAAUUAAGAAGAGCAAAAGAAGCAGGUUUAUUAACUCCACUAGAAGGAAAAUCAGCUAAAGACAAGGAGCGGAUAUUAAAAAGUUUAGCUAAGGAAGGAUUGCCUUUGCCUGAGCCAAAGACGGCUUCGGAAAAGAAAUUAAUCGAAAAAGUAAAAACCGAAAUGGGAGUGCCCGCAGCAGCAACCCCCUCUGAAAAAUUACGAAAGGCGAAAGAAACAGGUUUAUUAACUCCAUUAGAAGGUAAAUCAGCUAAAGAAAAAGAGCGAAUUUUGAGAAGCUUAGCCAAAGAAGGACUUUUGCCUGAACCUAAAACUGCAUCAGAUAAGAAAUUAAUAGAUAAAGUAAAAACUGAAAUGGGCAUGCCUGCAGCAGCGAUUCCGUCAGAAAAACUACGAAAAGCAAAAGAAGCUGGUUUACUAACUCCUUUGGAAGGUAAAUCAGCUAAAGAAAAAGAGCGAAUUUUGAGAAGCUUAGCCAAAGAAGGACUACCUUUGCCUGAACCUAAAACUGCGUCUGAAAAGAAAUUAAUAGAUAAAGUAAAAACUGAAAUGGGCAUGCCUGCAGCAGCGAUUCCGUCAGAAAAACUACGAAAAGCAAAAGAAGCUGGUUUACUAACUCCUUUAGAAGGAAAGUCGGAUAAAGAUAAAGAGCGAAUACUAAGAAGUUUGGCUAAAGAAGGAUUACCCUUGCCUGAGCCAAAGACCGCAUCCGAAAAAAAAUUAAUAGACAAAGUGAAAACUGAAAUGGGCAUGCCGGUUGCAGCAAUUCCGUCAGAAAAAAUGCGUAAGGCAAAAGCAGAAGGUUUACUUACUCCAAUACGUGGAAAGCCAGAAGCUGAAAAAGAAAGAAUUCUGAGAGGUUUAGCACAAAACGGAAUUCCUCUACCAAAAGGAGAAACGCCAUCGGAAAAGAAAAUAAUAGACAAAGUUCGUAAAGAUUUGGGCUUACCUCCUGAGCCAAAAACACCAUCAAUCAGGGAAAAAUACAACAAAGCGCAGGAAGUCGGCAUUAUUACCCCACUUGAGGGUAAGAGCUUAGCGCAAAAAGAAAAAAUUUUAGCCAAACAAGCAGAAAUGGGUUUACCUUUACCUGAAGGAAGAACACCAUCUGAAAAAGACUUAAUCAAACGUAUACGCGAGAGUGUUCCAAAGAAGAAAAAGUCUGAAGUAAUUGGUGAAAUCGGUGGAGUCCCCGUUACAGAAUCUAAGAAAGAAGCAUUCAAAAAAGCAAAAGCAGAAGGUUUAAUAACGCCUUUAAGAGGAAAGUCCGCCGCUGACAAAGAAAGAAUUGUGAGGGGCCUAGCAGAAGCUGGGUUACCAAUGCCUGAAGCAGCAACACCUUCCGAUAAAGCUUUAAUAGAAAAAGUUAGAACGGCUCUUGGGCUUCCUCCUGAACCAACUCCUUCAGAAAGAAAAGAAAAAAUUAAAACAAAGUCAAAAAAAAUUGGCGUGGAGAGGGCAAAGAAGAGUGAAAUCGGCGUAGGAAAGUCUAAAGUCGGCAUUACAGAAGAAUUUCAAGACAUUGUGAAAACAACAACUUGCGAUCGUGGUUGUGGUUGUGAUAGAAAGAAAAUAAGAUUUAAACAUAGUUACGUUAAAAUAAGAGUAACUUCACCAGAUAUAUCGUCUUUGUGCCCGUGUCCCGAUGAAUGUGUGCCGGGAGUGAAAGGCGGAGUAUUUACCGAUAACGAAGGUAUUAAAGUCACGGUUGGUCAAGUAAGCGGAAUACCUUCUUUUACGAGCAAGGAAUGUGAUUCUAUAAGUUCUAAAAACAAUGUUAGUAACUCGAGGAUUAACAGUGGUGGUCUAAUUACCUGUAAUUUAAGUGGUUCCGCUUUAAAUGGCCCCCGCGUUAAUGAUACACGGGGUCCCAAAAUCUCCAACAUAGAAAAAGGAAAACGUAGAAAAUAUGUACCAGACUAUGAUAAAGAUUAUAUACACUUAAGAACAUUUAGUAAAAGUGACACUUUCAUUUUUAUUAAAUCUCUAGGAGAUUUACACGAAUCAAAGCUAAGUGUUGAUAUACCAAUACUUUUAAAUGGUAUCGGAUCAUCUUUUUUUUCAUCUGCAUCUGAUAGAAGUAUACUAUCAAAUACAAUAAGUAUUAUCUCCAUUUCUGUUACGGAUUGCUCAUCAAAUUCUGCCUACCUAAUUGAAAGAAAAAGCAUGAACUCAAUUCGAUCCAGCGAAGUUAUAACCGAUACAAGUAUAACUGAGGAUUAUUAUCGAAGAGAUAAAAGUGAUUGGAGCGCUUCGAUACUAAACAACAAUUUUGAUCCCGAAACAGAUUCCGAUAUGUUGUGUACUCAUCCGGCUAUAUUCAGACUAUCUGCACACAAUUUGAAACAUGAUAAUAAAAAUGUGCUUUCCAAUGAAUUACUAGAGUUUUGUAAUGUGAAUAGAACGAAGGCCCGACAAAAACUAGUAAAUGUAAUAAGUAAUAUGCUGUCGGAACGAACAAUAAGAGAAUCUUCGUCUUUGUAUGUACUCCUUCCAACGUCGUCUGAAGAUGAUAUUGUCAAGAAUUUAAAUGAAAGGCAAAUAAGUUCCACUAUAUGCAUUCAACUUUCUGAAAAACCAUUAAACUGCAGAGCUUGUUAUGGGUCUGAAAAUCAUACAGAGAGAAGGCAAAAUACAUUGCUCGGCUUUAAAAUUGCUGCUAAAGGGAGGACCACUACGCACAAAAAAGAAAAGGGGUAUAUACCCCCAACUACCUUCGAUGAACCAAAUAAUGUUCCGCAGCGUAGCUUUUAUAUCAAAGAAGCAAGACACUUGCGCAAAGAGAUGAGCACUGAUACUACUGUAGAUCGACCAUGCUGUUGUGAUAUCAGAAACACUAACAUCAACAAUGAAACGCUUAGAAAAAGACAACAAACAGAAAAGUCACAGGUGGUGUCUGAAAUAGUGACUCCUUUUAUUAUAAAUGAUGCGAUAUCCCAAGGUUUUAGUCACGAGAAUUACGACAAUAUACCCAAAACCAAUGUUGUAUAUACAUCCAGGAAACUAUGCGUUAAUCAAACGCCAGUAAGACUUUGCAAAAUACCCCCAUGCAGUAAUUUUUCCGAUUGUCAUACACCAAAAAAUAUACCUAACACGAGUAGCGUAACAAAUGUGCCACAUAUGGGGCCAAUGUGCCCUAACACAAUAAAUACGCCGAAUUUUACUAAUCAAACAAAUAGCAGCAAUACAACGACUAACUCGAAUGGAAAACAAUGUGAUUGCGACUUUGACAAAAUAAAAGAGAUUAUAGAAAAAAUUGGAAAGGAACUUAUCUCUACAGGAUGCGGUACAUCCGAUUCUAUGGAGACAAAAAACAAUAUCAAACCAAUUAUAAGAAAAACCAACUUUGAAGAUUCAUCUAAAAGUCUGGAUUGUUUAUCAUGUGGCAAACCGAGCAGCAAAGAAGAUCAGAAAAAGCAAUGCCCGUGUGAACGGCACGUCAAACUUAAGAGCAAUGACUUUAGCGACCCAGCUGCUUUGGACGACGCAAACUACGAAGGCUUCAGAUCUAAUUACGAGGAAUUUAAAGAUAGCGGCAAGAAAAAGAAGAAGAAAAAUAAGAGACACACUUGCGAAUGCCCCCCGGCGCCCCUGGAGGAAGAGUUCGACCCAAUUCUUUGGAUUGAUGAGAAACAAAUUAGAAAAAUGAAAUCCGAUUUGACACAAAACACUUCAGGUUUUAAAAUAAACAGAGUUCGUAGACCAGCUGAACCCGAAAUGAGUUUCGAAGAAGCACUGAGCUAUGUAAUACAAAGUGACGAAGAGAAAUAUAGACGACUGUUGUGCUUAUGUGAAGACGAUAAGAAAAAGUCAAACAAGAAAAAAGUAGAUUGUGAAUGUCCACCCGCACCACCACCACCGGAAAUACCACCAGAAGAAGAACCUAAAGGGAUCAAACUGCAUAUAGGUGCUAAAGGAUCGUCGUCAAAAGGACUCAGUGGUGUAUUAUGUUUUUAA